ACCGCCAUGAAGAAAGAAGGGGGUGCCGCCCAACUCUGCUCCGACAGGCUCCCCGAGUCCCAGCAGCAAGACGGCAACCACGCACCCAACUUCUCCAGCCACAGCUCAUGCCGCCGUCGCCAGCGGCGCCGACAUGACAAGGCGCUGCAUACUCGCUAGGCCAGGUUUCCCCUCAUCCCCAGCCCCGGGGUCGUCGCCCCCGCGCUGCCAUCUGAGACCCGGUAGUACCGCCCCUGCUGCAGCGGGAAAGAGAACAAAGAGUCCUGGGGACAGGUACCGUGCAGAGGGCUGGAGAAGGGGCCGGGUCGCGGGGGCAAGGGUAUGAGGGAGGACUGCGGACGCCCGCUCUUUCAGUUCCCGCCAUCCUCCGCGAGCUUCGGGCCUCGGCGUUCCGCGGCCAGGCAAACCCCUGCCCCGCCUCCGCGCGGGGGCUUCUGGGACUUCGAGUUUUCUUUUCUGUAGUUGGGAUGCAGGUCUUCGUCCAGUGACCAUAUCCUGGAUGGCUACGGAGAACCCACCUUAGGUAGAACGUGAUUUUUGUCCUUUACGAUAGCUGGACCCGGGGCCCUAACUGCUUUGUGCAUAUUUAGUAGGGGUGGGUUUUUUUGUAUGUUGUCACUUCUACUGAUCGUAGUAGCUUAACAGUAUAAACUUCUAAGUCGUGGGUGACAUUAUGUACGAUGGACGAGGGGAACCCCUUCCACGAAUUACUUUAUAGCCCAGUAUACACGAUCAUUCAUACUUAACAAGAGCGUACAGAUCUGGAAUGUGAUGUUUUUUCCUUCAGUAACUUUUCGCUGCUCCAAGAGGCUAGGUUCCUUGCGAAGAUUUUGUGGGAGUUCUGUAAUGAGAUGGGGAGUUUUAUCAAAUGACAUCCUCUGACAAUAAAACAUAUUUAAAUUCUCUA